UGUGUGUGGGCUGUGUGUGAUAUCGCAGACGUCACAGCCUGCCGUUGGUCCAGUUCAGUUCAGAUCAGAUGAGCCGUUGGUUCUCUUUGGGGGGAAACUAAACUAAAUUCGGACCUGAAGGUAGUUUAACCUCGGAGGCUCCCAGCCCACACACUGAGCCGGGGCACUUUUUAUUUUUACUUAACCCGAAAUAACCCGCAUAAACAGCCGGGGCGGAGGGAGGGAGAGCCGCCGUUAACGUAACGCCCGUGACGUCGGUCCGCCCGGGCUGCUGCUCCGCUGGGUUUACUACCACGCCGUUUGUCUGGAGGGUCCUUAUCGGUGUUUACUGAGCGGAGAUCGAUCCUAACGGAGCCUAAUUGUGGGAUAGAGAAGUGUGUCAUGAUGGAGAGAAAGAGGACGGACUGUCCCGCUCUGCCGCCCGGCUGGAAGAAAGAAGAAGUGAUCAGGAAGUCCGGACUGAGCGCUGGAAAGAGCGACGUCUACUACUACAGUCCUUCAGGGAAGAAGUUCAGGAGUAAGCCUCAGUUGUCCCGUUACCUUGGAAACACAGUGGAUCUGGGAUGUUUCGACUUCCGGACAGGGAAGAUGAUGCCUGGAAAAAUGCAGAAGAACAAACAAAGAUUCCGACAUGACCCGUUCAGCUUGGCCAAGGGAGGGAAACCGGACCUGAACACAGCCCUGCCAAUCAGACAGACGGCGUCCAUCUUUAAACAGCCCGUUACGAAGGUUACAAAUCACCCUGGCAACAAGGUGAAGACAGACCUGCAGAGAGCGAGCGAGCAGCCUAGACAGUUGUUUUGGGAGAGAAGAUUGAAAGGUCUGCGGUCAUCAGAUGUCACAGAGGAAGUCCUGCGGACCAUGGACCUGCCCAAAGGCCUGCAGAGUGUCGGUCCAGACUCCAGUGAUGACACUCUGCUGUCUGCCAUCGCCAGCGCUCUGCAAAUGAGCUCUUCUCCGAUAACAGGACAGACAUCUGUGGCUGCCGAGAAGAAUCCUGCCAUCUGGCUCAACACGUCCCAGCCGCUGUGCAAGGCCUUCACUGUUACUGAUGAACACAUCCGGGAGCAGGAGCUGAAAGUGUACCAGGCCAGGAGGAGUCUGGAGGAGGCGCUGAUGGCUGAUGGUUUGGCGCGGGCCGCCGAAAACACCCGAGAGCUGCUGGAGGGAAAGACGGCCUGAAGACAGACAGAGUCCCUGUGUUCAUCAGCCUCAGGUUUAUAAUCAUCUUCCUAAACCAAAAACAGACCACCCACAGACUGACACUCACCUGCACUGAUUCGUUGUCUCAGUGGGCAAUUGCCUCAUCUUCCCGUUAAGGAAACCGUUUUCAGGAUGACAUCACACCGGACAUCUGUCAGCAUCUGGAGCAUAGAGUGAUUUUCCAGAGCAACACCACUAACAAUGGGAGCAACAACUGUAGCAAUAAUGGAAUCAGCAAUGAGAAAAAACACACCAGCAACACCAGCUGCAACUACAAUAUGACAUCAAACAACAGACACUGCACAAUAUGAACAGGAGCAGCAGCAGCAGCAAUAUGUUGAGUAUCCACCAGCUCAAACCAACAACCUAAGCCUUUAAUCCUUUCUGAGAUUCAUCAUCUGUUCAAACUUUACAGCACGCGCUUAUUUUGUCUCAUUUUCAAAGUGAGAUAUUUCUUUCUUUUUGAUAUAAAGCUGAUAAAAAAUGAAAAUAAUAAUAAAAAAAAAUAAUGAGGAGCAACGCCCUCAUCAAACCCAAAGUCAGACUGCAAACUGCUGGACGGCUUUUGCUAACUACUAACUCUUGUUGUGCUCUUUGAUGAUUUUGGUUGUUUGUGGUGUCAGAUUGUUGUCAUUUUUUAAAAAAAAGAAGUCUUCAGGGGUUUUAAUUAAACAAUAAGAAUUUACAUGGAUAUGAAAUAGAACAAUUGCUUAUUUAAGACAAAUUUUAUACCUUCAGCGAACAUGUGUGUACAUUUCUUGGGACUGGAGUAAAUAAAUGAUUAUAUUCACAAA